CUUCAGUCGUCGCUCCCGGGCAGGAUACUGAGGUACUGAACAGUAGACUAUUUUUUCGUAGACCUGCUUUUAGUGUUGCACGCUUGCAUUGGUGUGUUUCAACAGGGACAGUGGACGGAAAAGCAGCCUCACCGGCGGCGGACCGCGACUGCCGGCGAUUGUUGAAUCUUCAAUCACGUUACGAAUCUCCGUACGUACAAAUCCUGCUUCGCGUGUUUGAGAGUUUGUGAGGUACAUUUCCAAUUUGCCAUGCGUUUUUUUGCCCCCUAGUUUGAAAUUAGGGUUUUCCAUACGCGUAUUUCAAUUUGGCCGAGCUGUUCAAGUGCAGAUCUUUAGAAAAAUUGUGUUAUGCUGCGAACUAUAGUUGGUUUGCGAAUCAGGCGUCCGGCAUCUAAAUUUACAUCUGCUUCUGAAAGUCCUCUCUCGCUUAACAGUUUCAAUUUCUUUAGGUAUUUGAGUUCUUCACCUGAAGCGAAAUUGCAGUACUCCCCUCGUUCUUGUGUUUCAUUGACGAUUCCCUAUUUUGCUUUUUAUAAAAGCUUACGUACUGUUGAAUUGUGGCUUACCUCACGCUCGUUUUCUUCUGGUGUUGUCUCGUUGGAAAAAGAUGACUUUGGUGCUGGUACAUAUAGGAUUGGGGAAAAUUCUGUAGCCGAUAAGGUAUACCAGAUAAUCAUGGAAAAUUCUAGUGCUGAGCAUAACAUGGAGAAAGCCCUUGACCAAACUGGUGCAAGAUUGACGUCUGCCUUGGUUGUUGAGGUCUUGCGUAGGCUGCAUUUUAAGGAGAAAAUAGCCUUCAGAUUCUUUACGUGGGCGGGCCAUCAAGAAUAUUAUGCGCAUGAGCCACUGGCCUAUAAUGAAAUGAUUGACAUACUAUCUAGUACAAAAUACAAAGUAAAGCAGUUUCGAAUAGUUUGUGAUAUACUCGAUUACAUGAAGAGAAAUAGCAAAAACUCUGUUCCUGUUGAAGUUCUGUUGAGGAUUCUUCAACAAUACACUGAAAAGCAUCUAACCCAUCUUCAGAAAUUUGCCAAGAAGAAGAAGGUAAGGGUGAAGACACAGCCACAUAUUAACGCCUUUAAUUUGCUUUUGGAUGCUUUAUGCAAGUGCAGUCUUGUUGAGGAUGCUGAAGCCAUGUUUAGGAAGGUGAAGAAUUGGGUUAAGCCUGAUGCUAAUACGUAUAAUAUUUUGUUUUUUGGGUGGUGCAGGGUUAGAAAUCCAACAAGAGGAAUGAGGCUGCUGGAAGAAAUGAUCAAAAUGGGUCAUACACCCGAUAAUUUUACUUCUAACACUGCGGUUGAUACCUUCUGUAAAGCUGGGAUGGUGAGGGAAGCAGCUGAAUUCUUUGAGUUUAUGAGAACGAAAGGUUCAACCAUGUCUUCUCCAACAGCGAGAACUUAUGCAAUCAUGAUUAGGGCUCUUGUCCAGAAUGAUAAAAUGGAGGAUUGCUUUAAGCUGAUAUGGGAUAUGAUAAACAGUGGUUGCCUUCCUGAUGUUUCAACAUACAAGGAAGUUAUUGAAGGGAUGUGUUUGGCUGGGAAGGUUGAUGAAGCUUACAAAUUCUUGGAAGAGAUGGGAAACAAAGGUUACCCCCCUGAUAUUGUUACUUACAACUGUUUCCUAAAGGUUCUUUGUGACAAUAAGAGUGGUGAUGAUGCACUUCUGCUUUAUGGAAAAAUGACUGAGGUGGGAUGUGUUCCUAGUGUGCAAACUUUUAAUAUGCUGAUUUCAAUGUUUUUUAAAAUGGGUGAUGCUGAUGGGGCAUUUGAGACUUGGCAUGAGAUGGAUAAGAGGGGCUGUGCACCGGAUAUUGAUUCUUACUGUGUGAUGAUUGAAGGGCUUUUUGGUUGUAAUAAAAUGGAAGAUGCAUCAUUUCUUUUGGAAGAUGUUGUGAACAAGGGAAUGAAAUUGCCAUAUCAGAAGUUUGAUUCCUUUCUAAUGCAUCUCUCAGAUGUUGGUGAUCUCCAGUCAAUCCAUAGACUGUCAGAGCAUAUGAGGAAGUUCUACAACCCUGCAAUGGCAAGACGUUUUGCAUUGGCUCAAAAGCAGAAGAGCGUGAGUUUAAGAGGGAAAUAGGAAAAUUUAGUAGUUAAUGGUGAAAGCAUUGAUUCAGAUUAUUUUUGCAGUACAUUUCCUGUUUUUGAGAUCUAAGUAUGAUGCUGGAGGAACAGGUGGGUGAAAAAUAUGACAUGGGUCUCAUACUUCAUGACCUUGCUAUACAUUGUGGACUGUACAGUAUAGCUGGUGAUUGCUUACUUGAAAGUUUAUUUUGUUUAAGUUUUUAUUCCAUCAAGAUCUGUUUCUUUUGUGGUCUUAUGUAAGCACUGGAAGAGGAUUGUUUGACUUAAUUUUUAUGGAAAUUCUCUCUGUAUUCGCAAGUUAGAGCGUGAGCUGUCUUCAAGGACAGAAGAAACUUUCUGUAUUUGUACUGUUUGUGGUAUAACCUUUUAAUACAGUAUUUCAGUUCAAUGAA